GUGUAGUUUAGGAGCUCUUUGCAUUCCAUUUCUUGCUGCAGUUAUUCAAAGAUGUGACCUGUGCAAUAUUUUUAUAGGAUAGUCAUUUAACAGAGAGCUGCGAAGAGCUUGACAACAGAGAAACUAGCAGAGGGCCUGUGUCUUGGGGCAUGCCACCUUCUGUAGUACAGCGAGCUCAGUCGACAUCUUGCCUUGACCUUACUACACCUGCAGACAUCGACAAGCUAAGAGCCCUGUUACCAUCCUACCGUCCCGCCCCUGACUAUGAGACAGCAGUGCAACAGAAGUACCAUGGAGCUGGACACACCUCAGGGAAUUUAAACAUUAGACCUAGUCAUCAAAUUGGAAUUUUAUAUAGCAGCCAGCCUGAAAUACAUCAGACUCACGUCCAAGAGAAUCUUUGUUCGUAUGGUUAUUACAAGCAUUAUCCUGAUGUUACACAAGUGGAACGACUGUACCUGGAAUCUAGAAGUGAGGAACCACAACGGAUGAUGAACGGAAGUGUGGACCAUAACUCUCAUGUAGUGCUUCCAACACUACACACUUACAGUACUCCUGAAUUGGAUACUGUGGAGAACCACCUGAUCCAGGGAUUGCAGCUCCUGCACCUGUACAAACCACCGCCUCCAUACCCCAUCAGUCGACCAAGCAGCAACAGCACUCCAGAUCUUGCAUCAAAAACACUGAGUCCUCCACAGCCAACUUUUAUUAACCCGCAGGUCAGUGGAUCCAGCCCUGACUUGGUAUCAUCAAGGAGUCUUGGUCCAGGCAGACACCAGCAAUAUCACCAUCAUCAUCAUCAUCAUCAUCAUCAUCAUCAUCAUUAACCAGUGAAUCAUCAUCAGCA